ACACAGAUCUGAGACGAGAUAUGGCUUCGAUCGGCCAACGUGCCUCAGUCAACAUGAACGUGGCAGAAGCUCAAAUCCCCACAAAAAGGGCAAGAAUGGACCAAGAUCCAGUGAGCAAGAAGACGAACACAAGAUGAUACCUCCACCUCAGACACCACCGGUGACAUUGCAAGUGGCGAGGCGGCACCUGCUGCUGAUGUAGCAGCUGAUAAGGGUAAGUGCAAACAAGAGAACUGAAAAUAUACAGAUAAUCCUCUGAAGUUUGGAUUUACCUUCAAAGAGACAGAUGGCAUUGAAUUACCCAAUUGUGGCUCACCCUUGUAGAUAGGGGGGAACUCUGAGUAGAGCUGCUGCUCCUUCGCAUUGAAAAGAGCCAGUUGAGGUGGUUCGGGCAUCGGAUCGGGAUGCCCCCUUUACUGGAUUUCCAAGCACAUUCAACUGUGUUGCCAAACAAGACUACGCUUCCACACGAGUGAUGACGCAUUCAAGGACAACCAGUCGCAGGAUGAAGCAGGCACAGCUGACACAGGUGCCAGAUACCAACGGGUGAUCCGGGCGUUGGCAUCCUUCAUGCGGUGGAGCCACUGGAGCGGGGCAUGGUCCGACCAGAGAGUGAAAGAGCGCCCCAGGAGGUAAUAACGCAGGGCGUCGACCGCCAACCGUAUGGCGGGGCAUUCUUUCUCCACCGUACUGUAGUUCCCCUCCCGCUGAGCCAGCUUCCGGCUAAUGUACAGUACGGGGCGGUCGACCCCCUCCACCUCCUGGGACAGAACUGCUCCCACUCCGCUGUUCGAGGCGUCGGUCUGCAAAACAAAAGGGAGAGCACCGCACACAACUCACAUUUCCCUACCGCCCGUGAACGCACCCCCCCAUCUUCCCCGCUAUCUUGUCAAACCCCGGCCAAUUCGUUCCCAGUAUCAGGGGGUGCGUGAGGCGAGUACUAACUCCAGCCUUAACUCUAUGCUUUUUCCCCUUAAAUGAAAUUACCAGGGUCACCACCGGGUACUCGUGAAUAUCCCCAUGCACACACCUCACCUUCACCCACGACGCCUCCAGCAAUGCCCCGGGCCGAACCAAGUGCUGGUGGACCAUGGUCUGCGUACAUCCCGAGUCCCACAGAGCUUGGUGAAUACCCCCUGUAUACAUACCGGUACAUCCCUUCCGGACCGGGGGAGGAGUCUGGCGGUGCCACCAUCCGGACCAGCUGCCCCACCUCCAUGACUGGACAGUCCCGCCGGGUGUGGCCGAGCUUGCCGCACCCCAGCCCUGACAUUUGAGGAGCCCUCUGCGGUGCCGGGCGACCAGACGCGUAGGCUGGGUCCUGUGGAGGGGAAAACAAAGGAAACUGGGGGUUAGGGAGCGACUGGGGUCCAGCUGUCCCAGGGGUGGAGGCAGGACCCCCGGAGGAUGGCGCAGCGCCAGGGCCAGCGGCCCCCACGGCAGGCCGGAACCUCCUCGGGGCUGGAACGGGCCGGAGCUGUGGAGGAGAGAUGGCCCGGGCUUCGGCCCCCAGGCUCCGCCGGGCCAGGGAGAGGUGGUCCUCCGCGAGUCUGACGUCGGCUUCAAGGCUGGCCGGACGGUGGCACUGGACCCAGUUCGCCGAGGAGAGGGGGAGUCCGGCGAUGAACUGCUCAAGGGCCACCUGCACGACGAUGUCCUCCACGGAGUUGACUCCCGGCUGGAGCCAAGGGUCGGCCAGCGUCCUCGAAGGGCAGGCUCCGGAGCCGGCGGCGAUGUCCCUCUGGUGUGCUGCCCAACCGGUCCAGGAUCGCCCUCCGGAGCUGGUUGUAGUCGUAUCUGGAGGUCGCAGGCAGGGUAUGGGCGGCCCGCUGGGCUUCCCCGGACAGCAGGGGAGCAGACAUAUCCCCCACUCCGCCUGCGGCCACCCGCACACCUCUGCCGUGCCCACGAAGAUGUCCAGGAAGGCCUCGGGGUCGUCCUCCGCCGUCAUCUUCUGCAUUGCGACCUGCGGGAGCUGGGCUGGCCCGCCUCCCGACUCAACCUCCGGGGCAGCCGAUGACCGGAGUAUUCCCUGCAGGAGGUCUCGGUCCGCCUUUUGCUCAGCAGCUCAGGUGUCGGAUCAACCUGGUUUCCCACAAUACAACAACAAACAAGAUUACCUAACAUGGACUUCAGGCAUGGUGUCCAAGAAAAGAACCAAGACUUUCUACUUAAGGAAUCCAACUGGGGCCAGAUGGACGUGGACGAUAGGAGGCCUGGAUGACACCAUCUACAUUGACGAGUUCGACGAGGUGAAGGCGUGGAACACGUUAUACCUUCAAAAGAAAGUGAGCAUGCAGGUUAUCGGUGUAGUGGAGGGGACCUCGUGCGAGUGGGACCAGCUCGUUCUGAUGACCCGUAAGAACCAAAAGCUGUAUGCCUUCGAUGGAGAGCAGCUGCAUUAUGUGGCUUCAAGCCUGAAGCAGCUAGAGGACAGUGGAAUAAAGUAUCCAGCAUCCAAGACAUACUACAAAGGAGAUGCCUUAAAACACAUGACCAAGGAGGAAUGGGCACAAAUGAAGAAGAGCCUGGAGGAUGAGCUUUAUGAGUCGGUGAAGUCAGGAAAGUCCAGAUUCCUUGAGAAUCUCAGAUCCUGCAGAAACAGCUUAGGAGUCCCCAGCUGACGCCACUGCCACUUAUUAUUAUUACUGUGUGUGUGUAUAUACAUAUAUGAUUUAUAUUGUGAUUUUCAUAUACAUUUUCAAUAUAUUGUCAAUAAAAAAGUUUCUUGUGAA